CUGCCUUCAUAAUUUUUUUGUUGAAAACAGUUUUAGCCACACAAAAUGUACGGUUAUCUAGCUUUUCUAGUCUUGAGUUUGAUCUCAGUAGCAACAACCAAUGAAUUGGCAACUUGCAUUCAGAAUUAUUCUGACUCGACAAGCCCUCAUUUUGAAAAAGGUGUUCUAGCAUUUGGAAACUCCGACACCUAUAGCAAGGCUGGCAACCAUCUGAAAAGUGUUCAGACUGUCAAGUUCACCAAACCUUAUGUAGGAGCAGCACCACAGGUUAUGCUCUCCGUGUUACAUUUGGAUAUAAAUAAAAGUGCCAACACCAGGUAUAUAGCCAGUACUGGAGAGAUCACCACGACUGGCGCUCAAAUUACCUUCGAAACAUGGGAUGACACAAAAGUAUAUGGUGCCACUGUGGCAUGGCUUGCGUUUAAAAACUAAACCAAGCGAAGAUUAUUUUUGUACCCAUUGUUUUUACUAAGAUUCUGUUAGUAUUAUAAAAUAAAGAAAAUGGGUCAAAUGUA